UGCAAAAGGGCUGGACAGCGAAGUUCAAGUGCCCACAGGAAAGGCGCGCGGCAACCAAAUUCGCUCACUUUCACAGACCGACUGAUCUCUUCUGCGCAAUCGGACCUCAGGAAAGCCGCCCCCCUCCCCUUACUGGCCGAGGAGCGCCGGCACUUGGAAAGCGCCUGGGUGCCCAGACCCCGGGAGAAGCGAGGGGUGCGAAGGCGGAGCCACUGGGCUAACGACACCCCCUCAAGGUCCGGCCCUCGCCCGCGUUCCUACCACCUUAGGGAGUUGGCGCCGGGAGCGGGAUCACCCUCUCAAUGAAAGGCAGAUGUCCCUUUAAGGUUUGCUUCGCAGCUCGUGGACUUUAGCCUAAACAAGGACCCGCGAAGCUGGCUUUAUUUGUCCAUGUCUCAGACAGAGCCUGGGAGGCUGCCAGUGGGAUUUCAGAGCACGAAGAGGGGGGGCGAUGUGGCAAUUCUGCGAGGCGAGUAGCGUGAACCGAACUUAGAGGCACUGGUGGAAAACACAGGAAAUCGCCCCGCGGCUCCCCGGGCGCCGGGGCCGACCGGUCAGCGACUGAGACCCCCGGCGGCGAGCAACGCGGGUCCUGCGCGCGGUUCCGCCGAGUCCUCGCCUCCGAUCCCGCGCGUCCCCUGGGCACUGCGCCCACUCCAGUCAUGGACCCCCGGCGCCGCGCCAGCCCAGGGGUCGCUGUCGCCUACUGCUGGCUCCUCUCCGUUGUUCUACACUUCUGUGUGUCAUUCAAUGUUGAUGUGAAAAACUCAAUGACUUUCAGCGGCCCAGUGGAGGACAUGUUUGGAUAUACUGUCCAACAAUAUGAAAACGAAGAAGGAAAAUGGGUGCUUAUUGGGUCUCCUUUAGUUGGCCAACCCAAGAACAGAACUGGAGAUGUCUAUAAGUGUCCAGUUGGGCGAAGUGAAUCAUUACCUUGCAUAAAGUUGGAUCUCCCAGUUAAUACAUCAAUUCCCAAUGUCACGGAAGUAAAGGAGAACAUGACAUUUGGAUCAACUUUAGUCACCAACCCAAAAGGAGGGUUUCUGGCAUGUGGGCCCUUGUAUGCCUAUCGAUGUGGACAUUUGCAUUACACAACUGGAAUCUGUUCUGAUGUCAGCCCCACAUUUCAAGUCGUGAACUCCAUUGCCCCUGUACAAGAAUGUAGCACUCAGCUAGACAUAGUCAUCGUGCUGGAUGGUUCUAACAGCAUUUACCCCUGGGAAAGUGUUACAGCUUUUUUAAAUGAUCUUCUUAAAAGAAUGGAUAUUGGUCCUAAACAGACACAGGUUGGAAUUGUACAGUAUGGAGAAAAUGUAACUCAUGAGUUCAACCUCAAUAAGUACUCAUCAACAGAAGAGGUGCUUGUUGCAGCGAAAAAAAUAGUCCAGAGAGGUGGCCGGCAGACCAUGACAGCCCUUGGAAUAGACACAGCAAGGAAAGAGGCUUUCACUGAAGCCCGGGGUGCCCGAAGAGGGGUUAAAAAAGUCAUGGUAAUUGUGACGGAUGGAGAAUCCCAUGACAACCACCGGCUGAAUGAGGUCAUCCAGGACUGUAAGAAUGAAAGCAUUCAGCGGUUUUCCAUAGCUAUUCUUGGCAGCUAUAACCGAGGAAAUUUGAGCACUGAAAAAUUUGUGGAGGAAAUAAAAUCAAUAGCAAGUGAACCCACUGAAAAGCAUUUCUUCAAUGUCUCUGAUGAAUUGGCACUAGUCACUAUUGUUGAAGCUCUGGGAGAAAGAAUCUUUGCCCUGGAAGCUACAGUGGACCAAUCGGCAGCAUCUUUUGAGAUGGAAAUGUCUCAGACCGGCUUCAGUGCUCAUUAUUCACAGGACUGGAUCAUGCUUGGAGCAGUAGGAGCCUAUGAUUGGAAUGGAACAGUUGUCAUGCAGAAGGCUGAUCAAAGCGUAAUUCCCCAGAACACAACCUUUAAUGUUGAGUCCACAAAGAAGAAUGAACCUCUUGCUUCUUAUUUAGGUUACACAGUAAGCUCUGCCACUACUCCUGGAGAUGUGCUCUACAUUGCUGGACAGCCGAGGUACAAUCACACAGGCCAGGUUGUCAUCUACAGGAUGGAGGGCAGAGACAUCAGGAUUCUCCAGACACUCAAUGGAGAACAGAUUGGUUCCUACUUUGGAAGUGUUUUAACAACAAUUGACAUUGAUAAAGAUUCUAAUACUGACAUUCUUCUAGUCGGGGCUCCCAUGUUCAUGGGAAGAGAGAAGGAGGAACAAGGAAAAGUGUAUGUCUACGCUCUGAAUCAGACAAGGUUUGAAUAUCAAAUGAGCCUGGAACCCAUUAAGCAGACUUGUUGUUCAUCUCUGAAGCACAACUCAUGCGCAAAGGAAAACAAAAACGAGCCAUGUGGGGCUCGUUUUGGAACAGCUAUUGCUGCUGUGAAAGAUCUCAACCUUGAUGGAUUUAAUGACAUCGUGAUUGGAGCGCCCCUGGAAGAUGAUCACGGAGGAGCUGUGUACAUUUAUCACGGAAGUGGCAAGACUAUACGGGAGGAGUAUGCACAACGUAUUCCGUCAGGGGGAGAUGGCGAGACACUGAAAUUUUUUGGCCAGUCUAUUCACGGAGAAAUGGAUUUAAAUGGUGAUGGUCUGACUGAUGUCACUAUUGGGGGCCUUGGUGGUGCUGCCCUCUUCUGGUCUCGAGAUGUGGCUGUCGUUAAAGUGACCAUGAAUUUUGAACCCAAUAAAGUGAAUAUUCAAAAGAAAAACUGCCGUGUGGAGGGAAAGGAAACGGUGUGUAUAAAUGCCACGGUGUGUUUCAAUGUGAAAUUGAAGUCCAAAGAAAACAUGGUUUAUGAAGCUGAUAUGCAGUACCGUGUCACAUUAGAUUCUCUAAGACAGAUAUCACGGAGUUUUUUCUCUGGAACUCAAGAGAGGAAGAUUCAAAGAAACAUCACAGUUCGAGAGUCAGAAUGCACUAAGCAUUCCUUCUACAUGUUGGACAAGCAUGACUUUCGGGACUCUGUGAGAAUAACUUUGGAUUUUAAUCUUACCGAUCCAGAAAAUGGGCCUGUUCUUGAUGAUUCUCUACCAAAUUCAGUACAUGAAUAUAUUCCCUUUGCCAAAGAUUGUGGAAACAAGGAAAAAUGUGUCUCAGACCUUGCCUUGGAUGUAUCCACCACAGAAAAGGGCCUGCUUAUUGUCAAGUCCCACAAUGAUAAGUUCAAUGUUAGCCUCACGGUCAAAAAUAAAAAGGACAGUGCCUAUAACACCAGAACCAUAGUGAAUUAUUCUCCAAAUCUAAUUUUUUCAGGAAUUGAGGCUAUCCAAAAAGACAGUUGUGAAUCCAAUCAUAAUAUCACAUGUAAAGUUGGCUAUCCUUUCCUAAGAAAAGGAGAGAUGGUAACAUUCAAAAUAUUAUUUCAGUUUAACACAUCUUAUCUCAUGGAAAAUGUGAUCCUUCAUUUAAGUGCAACAAGUGACAGUGAAGAGCCGCCUGAAACCCUUUUUGAUAAUGAAGUGAACAUUUCUAUCCCUGUAAAGUAUGAAGUUGGACUACAGUUUUUCAGCUCUGCAAGUGAAUACCAUAUUUCAAUUGCGGCCAAUGAGACUGUCCCUGAAGUCAUUAAUUCUACUGAGGACCUUGGAAAUGAAAUUGAUAUCUUCUACUUGAUUAGAAAAAGUGGGCAUUUUCCAAUGCCAGAACUUAAACUGUCAAUUUCAUUUCCCAAUGUGACAUCAGAUGGUUUUCCUGUACUGUACCCAAGUGGAUGGUCAUCUUCCGAGAACGUCAACUGCAUACCCAGUAAUCUUCAGGAUCCUUUUGGUAUCAACACUGGGAAGAAAAUGAUGAUAUCUAAAUCUGAAGAUAUCAAACGAGGCACCAUUCUGGACUGCAGUGCGUGUGAAUUGGCCACCAUCACGUGUAACCUGAUUCCGUCUGACAUGAGCCAAGUGAAUGUUUCACUUAUCUUAUGGAAACCAACUUUUAUAAAAGCACAUUUUUCCAGCUUAAAUCUUACUGUAAGGGCAGAACUUCAGAGUGAAAAUGCAUCACUAGUUUUAAGUGCUGGCAAUCAAAAAAGAGAGCUUGCUAUCCAAAUAUCCAAAGAUGGGCUACCAGGCAGAGUGCCACUAUGGGUUAUCCUGCUGAGUGCUUUUGCUGGAUUAUUGCUAUUAACGUUGCUCAUAUUAGCACUGUGGAAGAUUGGAUUCUUCAAAAGACCACUAAAGAAGAAAAUGGAGAAAUGAAAUAUUUGGAAGAGAAGAAAUAAUUAUUCAAUAAUCCUCAGGUUUGCCUCAAAUAUGUGACAAGAAAUUAAUAAACACAAUCAAAGACAUAGUCACAUAACUUUAUGUAAUCCAUCAGGGAUUAGUCACUUAGAAAAUAACAGAUCAAGCAAGAUCCAAAAACAGUACCGUAAAGAUAUAUUUUAUAAAAUGUUGAAAAAUAUUUUAAAAUAAUUACUCAUUUUUGUUGAGUAAGCAAAAUUACAAAGUGUUUUGAAGAUGAAAAAUAACCUGUACAAAUAUGUUUAUAUAUUAAAUUACCAAAGUAUUUAAGGAAUACAGAAAAAGAUUUUUAUGAUCAUUGAAAUAUUUACUUUCAAAAUAGUAUAAAUUAAGCUUUUUCCAUUGAUUCCUGAUGGAUAUCCACAUUCAGCAUGAUAGUCAACAUAUGUAAAUGCAAAGAAAGGAAUUUUACCUGAAAAAGAUCACUUCCCCACAUUUAAAUGAGAAAAAUUUUCCUAUAUACAGUAUAGACUGAAAAUAGAAUCAAAUCACAGAGAAUACAGUCAGCAUCUUUAUGUUGGGUUCUGUACUUGGAAAAUUUUCUUUCCAAAGUGUUUGUAAAAUAGUACAAUUGAGCUGAAAUUUUAUCUAGGAGAGAAAAUCAAGAAACACUUGUUGAAAAGCAAGUGCACUGAAUGGAUUAAUUUAAGCUUUUAUAGAACACAGUUUUGAUAUUGAACUCUGAAACUCAAAACCCUUUUAUACUAAAAAUAACAGCAGUUUUAUGUGACAUAGCACUGAUUUGCCAUGAAAACUCAUGUGUGCAGUAUAUGCAAAAAUGAUUUAUGAUAAUGUUGAUGGAUGCUGCAGAAAUGCUGGUCAUCUUUGCUGGGCAGCUUUUGAACAUGAAGGGUCCCAGGAUGUAACCCAAAGUAAGAGUUGAUUCAACUCUUUGGUACAUGGUUCAUUCAAACCCUCAAGCUGUGAGAGUAUGUUUAUUUUUAAUCUUUGUAAAGGUAUUUAAUUUUCCAAACACAAUGCUUUUUAUGAAAAGACAGUAUUUCAUUUCAGUAUUGCAUUUUACCAACAAGCCACUGCUUUUUGAGUGUGGCAUAUCAAUAUUUAAAUAUAUCUCCAGAAAUGCAUUUUAAAGACUUUCAAGUUUGAAACCUCACACCAACAGAAAGACAUCACACUUUUGUAUGAGCUUCUUUGUUCUUGAAGUAAUCAUUAUGGUGCAUCGGACUCUACUGUAGCAUAAGUUCCUAGGUUGCUCCAUUUCUUGAAAAAAACAACAAAAACAACAACAAAUGAAUGAAUGUAUGUGUGAACUACUGCUGUAAAAUUGGCUGCUACUUCUGCAGCAACUCCAUCUCUCUACCUGAUUAACUGUCACAAGAUCAGAAUCCAUACUCAUCUAGAAAAUCCUGGGCUCUACUUUUCUCAUAAAGCAGCAAAUCAAUGGAAAAUAAUCAAAUGCCACGGAUUUCUUUUUUAAAAACUAAUUUCCAGGGAAUUAUCUGUGGACUCAGAGGCAGCCGACCCCAUGGCUCUCUACAUCUGCAUCUAAAAUCCUGAUGGUCAAAGACAAGCACCUGGGGAGUGCUGAGGACAUCAGUGGCUAAAAGAAAGGCUGUCUCUCCAGAGAUUUCGUAUCCUCUUGCUGGCCUGUCAUUUGUUCAGAAAUGUCCUGUAUUAGAAUUUUCUUCAUUCCCACCAUCUGUCUCCAAGUUCGAAAAUCAUUCUUUCCACCUGUCUUUUGUCUGCUCAACAAAGCAUCUCUCAUAUUUGGAGUCAUCACGGUGCACACCUCCAGUGCCCAGCCUGCUUAGCAGCUCUGUUCCAAGCUCAGCACAUUCUUAGAAAUAAAUCUGAUAGAUAAAAUUUUUUUUAA